AUGACUUCGCGCUCCUAUGCGACGCUGAUCAAGCCACCGCCUCCUUCAAAUGACAGAGCUCCUAUGCAAGAUGUUCUCGAGCUAACAUCACUCAACGACAUCGACCCCAAUCUCUUCACGAACACGCGACCGCUAUGGCAUCCCCCCGGAGCAAGAGGGAUUUACGGCGGCGCGGUGAUAGCACAAUGCCUGGCAGCAGCGCAAAAGACUGUGCCCGAGAACUUUGUGGUCCAUAGCAUGCACUGCUACUUCGUCCUGAACGGCAACAGUGAGAUCCCUGUCAUAUACCAUGUCGAACACGUCCGAGAAGGCCGCUCCUUCGCAACACGCACCGUCCAGGCCCGGCAGCGAGGCCAGCCCAUCUUCACCACUACCCUGUCCUUUAUGCGCGAGGGCUCCGGGGGCAAACAGCUAGUCGAACACCAAGCCGUGAAACCCGAUAUCCGUCCUCCGGUCGACGACGAGCCCGUCGAUGUCCUGGCGGGCGCCAAUUCCCCCUUCGUCACGCAGCGCGUCGACAUCGCGAAUAACGACUCCCCCCAUCCGCACGAGAAACGAACACGCCAAUGGAUCAAGGCACGCGGCAAGAUCAGCGCGGAAGGCGGCCACCAAGCCCAUCUCUCCGCUCUGGCAUACAUGUCCGAUUCCUACUUCAUCGGAACCGUAGCACGCUCCCAUAAACUCUGGCGCUACUCGCAGGUCGGGCCACGCGGGAAAGAAAACGCCGACGCGAGACAACAGAUCACGCGGGAUGUCUUCGAGCGGUUGAAGAACAUGGACCUCGAGACGUUGAAGCGGGUGGAAGGGAUGGACGACGACAUCAUCAACCAGCUCAAGACGCUGGAGAUCAAAGACGGUGAAGUGAUUGGGCUGAAAGAGAGGCGGCCGGAGAUUGGAAUGAUGGUCAGCUUGGAUCAUUCCAUCUAUUUCCAUACCAAGGAUUUCCGGGCGGACGAGUGGAUGUGCACCGAGUGCGAGACUCCCUGGGCGGGCGAUGGGAGAGGGUAUGUGACGCAGAGGAUCUUCUCCAAGGAGGGCAAGUUGAUUGCGAGUUGUACGCAGGAGGUGAGUUUGCCCUUCCGCCUGGGGCAUGCUGUUAGGUUGUGCCGGUGCUAAUUGAUGUUACAGGGCGUGGUGAGGUUGAAGCAGGAUUCGAAGCUCUGA